AUGGCUUUUGUGCCGGUGAUACCAGACCCUUACAGCCAUGUCCUUGCAGAGUUUGAGUCUCUGGAUCCGUUACUCUCAGCUCUAAGGCUUGACUCCAGUCGUCUGAAGUGCACAAGCAUAGCUGUGUCUCGGAAGUGGUUGGCACUGGGCAGUUCAGGAGGAGUUCUCAAUCUCAUUCAGAAAGAAGGCUGGAAACAGAGGCUUUUCCUUUCACACAGGGAAGGUGCAGUUUCUCAAGUUGCCUGUUGUGUACAUGAUGAUGAUUAUGUUGCUGUGGCUACCAGUCAAGGUCUUGUAGUUAUUUGGGAAUUAAAUCAAGAACGUCGUGGAAAACCAGAACAAAUUUAUGUAUCUUCGGAACAUAAAGGCCGAAAAGUUACAGCACUCUGUUGGGAUACAGCUAUUCUUAGAGUUUUUGUAGGUGAUCAUGUGGGGAAAGUUUCAGCCAUCAAACUCAACACUUCUAAACAAGCAAAGGCAGCUACUGCCUUUGUGAUGUUUCCUGUUCAGACAAUAACAACAGUUGAUUCCAGUAUUGUCCAGUUAGAUUAUUUGGAUGGAAGACUACUUAUAUCCUCACUUACUCGAUCUUACUUGUGUGACACUGAGAGGGAGAAGUUUUGGAAAAUUGGAAAUAAGGAAAGAGAUGGAGAAUAUGGAGCUUGUUUCUUCCCUGGAAGAUGUUCUGGGACUCAGCAGCCCCUGAUCUAUUGUGCUCGCCCUGGCUCCAGGAUGUGGGAAGUGAACUUCGAUGGGGAUGUUAUAAGUACACAUCAAUUCAAGAAACUCCUCACAUCACCACCUCUCCCUGUCAUUAAUCUAAGAUCAGAACCUCAGUAUGAUCAGACGGUUGGGUCCCCUCAGUCUUUGUGUUUCCCAAAACUCUUGCAUCUUAGUGAGCAUUGUGUGCUGACUUGGACAGAGAGAGGAAUUUACAUUUUCAUUCCUCAGAAUGUUCAAGUUCUUCUUUGGAGUGAAGUCAAAGAUAUUCAGGAUGUAGCUAUCUGCAAGAGUGAGCUGUUCUGUUUGCACCUCAACGGGAAAGUCUCACAUCUUUCCCUGUUAUCUGUGGAACGCUGUGUGGAACGCCUGCUGAGGAGAGGCCUGUGGAACCUGGCUGCUCAUACUUGCUGUCUUUUCCAAAAUUCUAUUAUUGCUAGCAGAGCAAGAAAAACUUUGACAGCAGAUAAAUUGGAACAUUUGAAAUCUCAGUUGGAUCUCUCAAGCAGCAGUGAUCUAAUUUCUCAACUGGAAGACUUGAUCUUAAAAUUAGAACCUCUGGAUUCAGCUUGCAGUAGUAGAAGAAGUUCCAUUUCAUCACAUGAAAGUUUCAGCAUCUUGGACUCUGGUAUUUAUCGUAUCAUUAGUAGUAGACGAGGCAGUCAGUCAGAUGAAGACUCUUGUUCCCUUCACAGCCAGACCCUCUCAGAAGAUGAGAGACUCAAAGAGUUCACCUCACAUCAGGAAGAGGAUCACCCAGAGCAGGACGGUGGCUUUCCUGGAAAUGAAGGUGACGGUCAUGUUUUUUUGACAUUUGAAGCGGAUAAGAAUGACCCUUUGCUCCCCUUUGGCAUCCCAUUAUCAUUUCGUUCUCCAUCUCCUCUUGCAUCUCUUCAAGCUGUCAAGAAAAGUGUUUCUAGCUUUGUGCGUAAAACUACUGAGAAGAUCGGCACCCUUCACACAAGUCCUGACCUGAAAGUGAGACCAGAAGCCAGGGCUGAUGAGAAGUCAUGUGAAGAGGAUGUGAGUCCAGGCACCUGCCCAAAGGAAGAAGACACUGAGGUGGAAAAAGAGGUAACUAGUCAACCUCCAGAAGAGGACUGGUUCCUAGAACUUAAAGUAGCAACAGCAGAAGCAAUGAUGAUGCUGCAGGACCCACUGGUCUUAUUUGAACCCAAGUCCCUGAGAAUGGUUUUACAGAAUUGGCUUUUACACUUAGAAAAAUCAUUUGUUGUGAAGGACUUUUCAGGCAUUUCAGAAACCAGCAACUGUUCUGUGAAAUCUACCCAGGAUGUGCUAUUGCUUAAGGAGUCAAAAAAGGGAUUAUUAGAUGAUGGUAGUGAAAAAGAGAAAAGGGACUCUGUGGACAAUGAAAAAACUGCCGAUCAACCAGCAUCUGAGUCUGUACAUAGUCCAGGGGAGCCCUCAGAUGACAUUUUCCAAAUAUGUUCUCCCGGCAUCAUCGCAAAUGGCCUUCAGAAUGACCUGGCUGAGUUAACAACAUUGUGUUUAGAGUUGAAUGUACUGAAUUCUAAAAGUGAAUGUACAAAUGGACAUGUGGACCGUAUUAUGCAGCAGUGCUCUCUUGACAUUCUGGCUUGUCAGUUCCUAAAGAAGUAUUUUUUCCUUCUGGACUUGAAAAGAGCAAAGGAGAGUAUCAAGCUUACUUACACUAACAGCUCAUGUGUUUGGGAUACUUUCAUUGGUGGAUUGAAAGAAAUGGCAAGGUCCAGUCCUACAUAUAUGGCGAUAGAAGAAGGAGACCUGCCAACAAGAUUGAAGUUACUGGAAGACUCAGUGCCGUUUGAUAGUCCUUUGCUGAUUGCCUCUGCUGCUCAGUUAUAUGAGAAGUUUGGGGAAUCUGCCCUUCGAUCCUUAAUCAGAUUUUACCCAUCCAUUUUGCCUUCUGAUGUCAUGCAACUUUGUCAUAAAAACCCUGCCCAGUUUUUGGCCUAUUUAGACAGUCUGGUGAAAUCAAGGCCUGAAGAUCAAAGGCCGUCUUUCCUGGAGUCCCUUCUACAACCAGAAUCUUUAAGGUUGGAUUGGCUGCAUUUGGCAGUGUCCCAUGAUGCUCCACCAAUCACAAGCACUAUGGAUGAUGAAGGACACCCCAGGCCUCAUUCUCAUUUACUUUCCUGGGGAUACAAUCAACUGAUUCUUCAUUUAGUUAAACUGCCAGCCGCCUUUAUAAUCAAAGAAAAAAUGACUGACAUCUGUAGGUCUGGUGGCUUCUGGCCUGGAUAUCUCACUCUCUGCUUGGAGCUGGAGAGAAGAAGGGAAGCUUUUGCUAACAUUGUCCAUCUGGACGAUAUGAGCCUGAUGGAAGGGGACAAUGGGUGGAUCCCAGAGAGUCUGGAGGAGUGGAAGCUUCUUUUACAUCUUGUACAAAACAAGAACACAGGACCAGUCCUCCAAGUGUCACCAGAUGAGAACCUCAGUGAUGGACCUUCCCCUAUCACCGUGGAGAACGUGGCGCUCCUGUUAGCUAAGGCUAUGGGCCCAGAUCGGGCCUGGUCUCUUCUACAGGAAUGUGGUUUGACCCUUGAUUUAUCAGAGAGGUUUACUAGAACCUGUGAUGUCCUGAGGAUUGCUGAGAAAAGGCAGAGAGCCUUGAUACAAAUCAUGCUUGAAAAAUGCGAUCGGUUUCUCUGGUCCCAUCAGGCCUAG